CUUCUGGAGUUUUUAGAAGCAGGAAAUCCAGGAGCUGGCAGGAGGGGAAUGAACCGUGAGGGUGUCCCCGGAAAGAGUCCGGAGGAGAUGUAUAUUCAGCAGAAAGUGAGAGUCCUGCUCAUGCUGAGGAAGAUGGGAUCAAAUCUGACUGCUAGUGAAGAGGAGUUCUUGCGCACGUAUGCGGGUGUAGUGAAUAGCCAACUUAGCCAGCUUCCUCAACACUCAAUUGAUCAGGGUGCUGAGGAUGUCGUGAUGGCAUUUUCCAGAUCAGAGACAGAAGACAGAAGACAGUAACUACAUGAUACCUGAACAUGACAGAA